CGGUGGGGGCGGGCAGCCCUGGGCGGUGGCCGGGAGAGAGAGGGAGCGAGCCCCUUCCCUGCCCAGCUCGCCUCCGUCCCCGCCGCCAGCAUGAGCUCCGCGCCGCUCUUCCUGGACGCCGGGGCCGUGCGGAAGCACUGGCCCGCCUCCCGCGCCCUCCUCCCGGCUCUGGAAGCCGCCUUGGCCGCCUUCUCCAGCGGAGCCCCGGGCGGCGUGGUGCAGCCGCUGCGCACCGUCUUCCCGAUCCAGAAGCACAGCGGCUUUUUAGGGGUCAUGCCCGCCUACAGUGCAAACGACGAUGCACUGACAACCAAGCUGGUGACCUUUUAUGAGAAUGUGUCUCCUUCGCACCAAGCGACGGUCCUGUUGUUCGACCCAACGAACGGCACCCUCAAAGCGCUGAUGGAUGGCAACGUCAUUACAGCCAAGCGUACGGCAGCUGUUUCGGCAAUAGCCACCAAGUAUUUGAUGCCUGCAGUUUCAGAAGUCCUCUGCAUUUUAGGAGCUGGUGUCCAGGCCUACAGCCACUACGAAGUUUUCACAGAGCUGUUCUCAUUUAAAGAGGUUAGGAUCUGGAACCGCACCAAAGAGAAUGCAGAAAAGUUUGCUCGCACGGUGAAUGGACCGGUACUGGUCUGUUCCUCGGUCCAGGAGGCUGUCAGUGGGGCGGAUGUGAUUGUCACAGUCACAAUGGCGACUCAGCCCAUCUUGCGCGGAGAGUGGGUGAAAGCCGGAGCCCAUAUCAAUGCUGUAGGAGCCAGCCGGCCUGAUUGGCGAGAACUAGAUGACAAUGUAAUGAGCAAUUCGGUAUUGUAUGUCGAUUCGAAAGAGGCAGCUCUGCGCGAAUCAGGAGACGUUAUUUUAUCGGGGGCCAGCAUUUUUGCAGAACUGGGCGACGUGAUCUUGGGAAGCAAACCAGCCCUGCGUGAAAAAACCACGGUGUUCAAAUCACUGGGGAUGGCCAUUGAAGACACCAUCGCAGCAAAAUUGGUCUUUGAAGGUUGGUCGGCCAGCGGAUGAGAGUGCAACCGUCUGAUGCUCUUAAGCCACCGAAUAAUAAAAGGGAAAUCGCUUCUGAGCAAAAAAUAACUAAUAUUGCACAAUAAACGGUCUUACUAGGUUACAAUAGCAAGAUAAAUAUUAAGGUAACAAAAGAAUCAAAUGAUUUUUCUCAGUGUUUCUGAAGCUCAGCGACUUUAGGAUAUGUGGACUUCAACUCCCAGAAUUCCCCAGCCAACAAACUUUAAGAUAUGUGGACUUCAACUCCCAGAAUUCCCCAGGCAGCAAACUUUUAAGUUAGCUGGGGAAUUCUGGGAGUUGAGGUCCACACAUCUUAAAGUCGCUGAGUUUCAGAAACACUGGUUUAUCUAAUUAUUCUAAUGUGAAUCAUGUUCUUUUCAUGUAUUUGGAUAGUGACUUAAAUUCAGAGUUUACAACAUCCUUCAUCUCUUGAAGGCUAUAUUGUUAGUUCUACUAAAUUGUUCACUUUAUUAGCUGUAAUUUCAUUUUUAUAUGUUCAGAGAUUCCAAAACUAAACUUUUAACUAUUUGGGUGCCUGUCAAUGACCUUUGUCUCAGAUUUUCUCUCUGAAAUAAUAAUUUUAGAGCUAAGAUUCUAGAUCUAGAAUCUAAGGAUUGAUUUCUGCUUAACUAUUUUCACAUAAAUUUUGCAUUUAAUGGAUAAAGUUUGCCUUCUUUUUAUUACUGACAAAUAGACAAUCAACAAUCAUAAGAAAAUAAUUGUCCUAAAACAGGUUAAGAAAAUUCUACCGCCUUUUUUCUAAAAAAAAAAAAAAAAAAGUAGAAAAAAUGUUGGGGUCAAUCAAUAUUGAUGUAUUUUCUAUACUGUGUUGUUUGUAACAAAAAUAAAAUUAACAUUUCAGAAAAUUA